AGCCAGCGUCACUUUCGUUUUUCGGUGUUUGUCGUGGCGUCAUGAUGAUUCACCCGGAUGAAGCGGCAUUUCUGUCUGAGAUAUCGGAGCUCCUGGGCGAUUUCGAGACCCCUACAGCGGCCGAAGCGAUCCGUCAUGUACCCACAGCGGUAGCUAGUCCUGCGGGGCUGCUGUCCGCUAGUCACCAACUCGUAGCGGAGACGGAGGCGCUGCUCUCGUCCUGCAGCACUCCUUCCUCCGAGGAAAACAAGACUUCACGAAACCAAACAUUGGCAGAACGCCGCAAGAUACGGAAUGCUAACGCAGCCAAGAGGCGACUCAAAUAUUGCAAGAAAAUUGAGAAUGAGAGGGAGCUGCUCAAGCAACAAGCGAAGGAGCUAGCGGGCGAACUGGUCGAGCUACAAGCGAAGCAGAGCGAACGUCACGUGGUGACGCCGUCCAUGCCUGUGUGGCAAGCCGUCGCCAUCCGUCAGCUGCAGAGUCGGCUGAAGGCUGAAGCCGAACGCCGUCGCCUUCGAGAGAUCGUUGCAACGCGCACAAAACUCCUUCGAGAGCUUGGCGAGAAGGUGCAACAGCAUUUACAGGGGGCACACCAGGAGGAUAGAACUGGAGAGGGGACGCCUCUGACAGCAGAAGACAAAACGCUGUUUGAGAAAUACCUACAGGAUAUGGACGUGGCUUACAGCCAGGUGGGCAGUAUUCUCACCGCUUGGGGUGUCCUCAAUACCUCUCUGGCUUCGUUCCACCCGGAUCCGAAGCGGUUGAACGAUGGGAAUGCGGAAUACUACGAGAGUUUGGGUGUACAGUUGACCCCUUUCAAUAGUCAACAGACUGGUACUGCUUUGUGGCAAUCGAUGCGUCUUCGACAUCAACAAAAGUGUCGCCUCCAGUAUAGAGGUGUAUCUGAUCCUGAGAACAUGCUCGCCGUCAAGUUCCGAGUGGAAGACUCGGAUAAACCUGCAAGCUUGGUGAUCCGGAUUGUGCUUCGAAAGUGGGUUGAAGACGAGCAAGCAGUAAUUCUGUGGCGAGCUCAUACUCAGGGCGAGGGUGAGCUCAGUCACUUUCAUGCGGACGAAACUGGCUGGUCAGUUGUGCGCCCGACUGACGUGAAAACACAUAAAGAACUCGGAAUGCCGACUGCUAUCCUGACCUUCAUCCGCUUCAUUCCACACGGCGAGGCGGCUGGAGCAAGAGAAGACACAGCUAAUAUUGAGCAGUUCUUACAACUCGCUGAAACCUCAGGCAACGAAGACGGAUCCGAGAUAGUGCGCAUGAUGGAAUCUCUUUUACUCGACGACGCGCGUAGCACACAAUCUUGUUGCUACAGCGGACGGCCAAACUCAUAGAGUUUAGAACCAACAAAGUUUGCACAGCAUCCUGAUCAACAAUGUUUGCACAGCAUCCUGAUCUGUACACGUACAUGUAGAUUUCGUGAAACACAGCCACGUCCGACCACCGAGUUACCACUGAGAUUUAAGCACAUGAACGAUCGACACAAUACAGUAUUGGAGUUGUAAGUUACCAUGUAGAUUUAUUUUGUUCAAAAAUUGUGUUUCUAAGGGAGCUGAGCUGCUACUGCUCCCGGUUCUAACAUAUCUUCUUCACCUUAUCUCUUCUGGUGGUUCAGGAAGCGCAGUGACAGCAGUGCCAGCACACGGAACACCGCGAUGAAGAUGAACACGU